CCCGUGCGCACCGUGCUGCCCGUGCCCCGGCACGGCGGGUACCUCGGGGUCAUGCCCGCCUACAGUGCUGCAGACGAUGCGCUGACAACCAAGUUGGUGACUUUUUAUGAGCACCUGAAGGACUCCUCUGUGCCUUCUCACCAAGCGACUGUCCUCCUAUUUGACCCCAGCAAUGGUACUUUGAAAGCUGUCUUGGAUGGCAGUGUCAUUACAGCAAAACGAACAGCUGCAGUUUCUGCCAUUGCUACCAAGUUGUUAAUGCCAGCUUUUGCAGAAGUGCUGUGCAUUUUGGGAGCUGGUGUUCAAGCAUACAGCCAUUAUGAUAUCUUCACAGAGCUGUUCACAUUUAAAGAGGUGAGGAUAUGGAAUCGCACCAAGGAGAAGGCAGUGAAGUUUGCCAGUUCUGUCAGCGGUCCCGUGCGGGUCUGCUCCUCUGCCCAGGAGGCGGUGACAGGGGCUGAUGUGAUUGUGACAGUCACUAUGGCAACAACUCCCAUCUUAUUUGGAGACUGGGUGAAGCCAGGUGCCCACAUCAAUGCUGUUGGAGCAAGCAGACCAGACUGGAGAGAACUGGAUGAUGAGCUGAUGAAGAAUUCCGUUCUGUUUGUGGACUCCAGGGAUGCUGCUCUCACAGAAUCAGGAGAUGUUAUUUUAUCAGGGGCGGAGAUUUUUGCUGAGCUGGGGGAGGUAUUGAAGGGUACAAAACCAGCCCUGCCUGAGAAAACAACAGUGUUUAAAUCAUUGGGGAUGGCAGUUGAAGACACAGUAGCAGCAAAAUUCGUUUAUGAUGCAUGGUCAGCUGGUAACUGAAGAGAGAGGUAUACAAUGCCAAUGAGGCCAAGAAAAUAAUUUGCACUUAGUUUCCUUGAAUCCUGUGUUAACAAGAAAGGCAUCAAUCCUAUCUGAAUGUGGCCCUUCUAGAACAUUCAAGAAGGAAAAGUAAAAUUUCAGCAAUAGACUAAUUUCUAAAUUCCUCUAAUUUCAAGUAUUAGACACUUGCAGUAUUGCUAAUAAAUGUCUCUCUUUUGUAACAGCAAGUAUUGGAUGUUUGCAGUGAUACUAACAAGGGUAUCUUUACAUAUUUUGGUAUCAUUCUGAAAUCAAUGCCUUUCCUCCCUAAUUAUUUAUGUAGCAGAAGCCUGUGUGUAGAUUUCAUAGUUUUUAGAGGGAUAAUUAAUUCUGGCAUAAAAUACAUCAGUCUGAAGAAUGGACUCUGGCAUCAUAUUAUAUUUACCUGUGAUGGUACUUUAAUUGCAACUGUGUAUUUCAGUGCUCCAGUGACAGUGACCUUGUCUUCAGCCUCCUAGGUACAGCCCACCUCUAACUCCUGGACACACUUUCCCUUCCAGCUCACACUGCAAGUCACCAUUUUUUUCACCCCUUGCAAUCCACCUUCCUUUGCCCUCAGACUCAGUGGGUUUUUUUCUUAACAGCACUGUUCUGAGUGGGGGUUUAUGUAAAUAACCAUACCUCCAUACAGCUAGAUUUCUGCUCAGUACCUCCCUUACUACAUGCCUCGCUGGGAUAUUGCUGUUUUCAUAUUGCAAGGAGUUGCACAGAAUGUGAGAAUAUGUGUUUUGAUUUAACUUUUAUCUGUGUUCUGUAAGGAGAUUUUGCUAUUAAUCUAUGGUGCCUCUAAGUUGUUUUUCUAAGCUUCUUGAAGGAUGUAACCACACAAACUGAUUUCAAGUAUACAGCCAAGUAUUUUAACUUUGGCUGUAUUAUGCUUCAAUUGCUAAUUGUUCUAUUAUCACAGAUAUUAGCUGGGGCAGGAAUUUUCAUGGUCCUUUCCUGGCAGAGGAACCCAGUGACAUAAGGAAAAGUUCCAGUUUUGUGUUGUUAUGCAACUGCCUUGCAAAAGAGUGAGCAUCUGCUGAAAAUCAGCUAUUGCCCUGGAAACAAAUUCCUGUCUCAGGCUCACAAGUUGUGUCUUGUGAAAUUUUAUUUCUAUUUGCAUAUUAUUUCAUGCAGGCUAUUAAGUGUUUCUGCAUGCUGUGCAGGAGUUGGAUGACAGGGCAUUUUAUAACAUGCCAGUAGAACAGAGCUGAGCAACAGGAAGGAGGGUCAGGAGCAGCUGGCAUUAAAGCCCUGGAGGGUGCAUAGGUAAGUGUAGAAGAGGUUAAUGAGUAUAGUGCAGGUGUGAUGUAAAUAAUACUCCCAGUUAUAAGCCUUGUGUAAGCUAGUUGGAAAAUGUACUAAGUGGCAGAGGUAGUAUAGAAAGGUAGCAGACCACUAAGAGGGCUGAAGGAUAUUUAAUGUGGAUCCAAACUGAACUCCACUGAUCCUGUUUAUUCCAUCAGAAAGAACAACAGACAUUUGUCUAUGAGCUUUUGUGUUUUAAUUGUAGCAAAAUUACUUCUCUGUUUUUACAUGUCUUGUUUCUUCUCUGUCAUUUCAUUGAAGUGUUUGGAAGUUUAAGUGUUGACUUAGUUUGUUACUUCAGUCACGCAGAACUACACUAACCUGAGGUAAACAUGAAAGUAAAUGAUGCUCCAUUACUCAAGAACUCCAUGGAAAUUUGCAAUAAAUAAUUAUGACAUUAUUAUCCCAGUUCUGUGCCAGUGUUAUACCAGAUUUGUAAUUUGAAUUGUGAGACACAGUGUUUGGGAAGAAGACAAGUCCAGUUUUUUUUCCCAUGUACUCCCCUACAGACUAUGCACUUUAAAAAAUAAAUGGAGCCAGUCCAAAGACCUGGUUCUGAAAACCCACAUUGUUCUGAGCCCCACUGGCUGUGGAAGAUUUUGUGAGUCUGGCUUCAGUGUUGUAUCUCUGAUGUCAGAGUUCAGUUCAAUGGGAAUUACUUGGAUGCCACCUUUAGAUUUUCUGAGGGGAAGUAAUUGCAUCAAUUUCUGUGUUUCCUUCUCUUUACAAAUUAGCGGAUCAUGAAAUUGUGUAACUUGCAUUUAUAUUAAAAUAAAAUAGAUACUGCUGUCUUUCUUUGACUUCCA